ACUACUACUAGUACUGUGCUGCCUCUGCUCUCCACGAGCCCCACGCACGCCUCCCUCCCCUUUCCUAGAGAGAGAAACGCCACCUAGAGAGAGAGAGAGGGAGGGGGAGAGCACCGUGGGCCGGGGACGCUGCGAUGGACAGGGCGGCGCCGGUGAGGAAGUCCCACACCUCCACGGCCGACCUGCUCGCCUGGCCGCAGCAGCAGCAGCACAACCCCGCCGCCGACGGCCCCGCCUCCACGCCUUCCCCCGCCCGCCGCCCCCACCAGCCGUCGGAGGCGCUCCGGAAGGUGGUGUUCGGGGGCCAGGUCACGGAGGAGGAGGCCGAGAGCCUCAACAAGAGGAAGCCAUGCUCCGCGCCCAAGUGGAAGGAGAUGACCGGGAGCGGCAUUUUCGCUGCCGGGGCCAACGGGGAGGCAGAGGAGCCCGCCGCCGCGCCACCCGCCCGUGCCGCCCCGCGCAAUUACCAGCCGGUUACUGUGAGCCACAUUUCAUUUGCUGAGGAUGGAAGUGAUCCUCCCAAAAAGCCAACUUCGGUAGCUGAGGUGGCAAAGCAGCGUGAGCUUAGUGGUACUCUGCAGAGCGAAGCAGACAGUAAGAUGAAGAAGCAGGUUUCAAAUGCAAAAUCAAAGGAACUCAGUGGGCAUGGUCUAUUUGCUGAGCCUCAAGAUGUAAGGCCUAAUGGGGCAAGGAGCACAUCAAAUGGCAGCGCUGCCACGCACACACCUGUGAGAAAUGCAAAUGCCAGCAGCUUCUCGUUUGGAGAGGCCAACACUGACAGUGUGACGAAAACUGCAAAGAAGAUAACCGGGAAGAAAUUCACUGAUCUCACAGGCAACAACAUAUUCAAAGGAGACGAGGCCCCCGCGUCCGCAGAGAAGCAUCUGAGCACUGCCAAACUGAAAGAGAUGACUGGCAGCAACAUAUUUGCAGAAGGACAGGCACCAACCCGAGAGUACCACAGCGGGAACCGCAAGCCUCCUGGUGGCGAGAGCAGCAUUGCGCUGAUCUAGCAUUCCGAUGGGCACCGUUGUUGUGUUUUCCUCUCUUUAGGAUGAAAAAUCAUAGGAGUCGUUCUAUCAGCAGAUUGAACUGUCAGUUUGCUUUCCUGUUUCGACGGUUAGGCAUAAGUCUGCUUCCUGCUGAUGUGGGUGCAACAGGCUAUGCUUUCUCGUAGCAGCAUAACAUUGUUGUGUCCAUGUAGUUUGGUUUGGUCAGUCACCUUGUUGUGACGUACUCAAUGGAACAGCCUAAUGGUGUGCACUCUCAGUGUCUGUGACUGAAGAUGCCGUUGGUUGGUGUCUCUUUUUUUCGUCGUGUACGCCGGAUCUGUACUGUUGACAUAUAAUAAAUUGGUUGGUAUGUUGCCUAAAA